CCAUUCGCCAGCCAGUGUGUCUGUGUCUGUUGUGUUGUGUUGGAACAACUGUCGUCGAGGAACGACCACAGAGCCAGAGCCAGAGCCAAGCCAGAGACGGAGACGGAGAACACAAGCCAGCACACAGACAAGCAAUGGACAGCAACAAGAGCCCCGUUGCCACCGCAUCUGCUAGUGGUACCAUCAAGAAGAAACCGCGCACCCAGGACAAGCCCACCAAGUCCAAAGGCCGCAUGCCAACACCGCCGCCUGGCCUGACGGAGCGUCAGCUCACCGCAUGGUUCAAGAAGCAGAACGAGAAGCGCACAGCCCUCGACAAUGUCUUCAAGCGCAACCGCCAUGGUGAAACAGCGCUCCACCGUGCCGCCAUCAAGAACGACCUUGAGUUUGCGCAAGAGCUGCUCGAUCACGGCGCCCCAAUUGAUGCAAAGGACAAUGCAGGAUGGACACCGCUGCAUGAGGCCUGCAAUCACGGCCACCUUGAACUUGCAGAGCUCCUGCUGAAAGCAAACGCCAACGUGGAUGCGAAAGGGUUUGAGGACAUCACGCCCCUGCAUGACGCAGCCAUGAACGGUCACACGGAUGUUGUGAAACUCCUCGUCAAGCACGGUGCCGAUCCGACGCUGGAGAACAAGGACGGGCAGACGGCCAUCGAUCUUGCAGAUGAAGAAGAAGACCUGAGGGAUCUGCUCAUCUCUGUUGCCCGGGCCAAAGGCAAAGACUUUACCAUCUCGUCUCCUGAGCAAAGGUCGUUGACGCCGGAGAAUGAUGACGAGUGUGUCGCAGCAUCGCCAUCGACACUGUUGACAACACCGGACAAGGCGUCCACCACCACCACCACCACGCAGUCGUCAUCGCCACAGCGGCAGAUGGGCAGCAGCGGAAGCGCAGACACAUCGUUCGGCCCACCAAGCAAGAAGGCGGCUGGCGUGACACCACCAUCUUCGUCACACCCACAACACGCACAAGAGCAACACCACCACCACCACCACCAGGCAGAUGAGACGCCGACAUUCACACAGGCGCCGCCCAAGGACGCGCGCACGAUCCAUCUUCCCCGCCGCAGCAACAAGGCAUCACGCUCGCUCGAGCAGCAGCUGGGAUCGGCUGUCGACACGCACGAACAGCAGCAGCAGCAGCAGUCGUCCCACCUGCACGUGCUGAAGCCAAAAGUGGUCGUGUUGGCGAAGAGGAAGCAAGGUGAGACGGCAACAACAACAGCAGCAGCGGCGGCGGCAAGCAGUGCUGGUCGCACACACGCGCGCACCAGGCACAACCUGAGGGCACAGGACGAGGUCACGAUGCACAUGCACGACGACGAUGUCGAUGAUGAUUAUGACAUCGCUGACGAUGAUGAUGAUGAUGAGGAAGAAGAGUUUGAUGAUGCACAGAGCGUGGAGAUGGUGCAAGGAGUGUUUACCGAUGAUGAGGUUGCCAUUGGCAGUGAGCGCAAGGACAGGGCCCGUGCACCCAUGAAUCGUGAUGCUGAGCAGCCCUCGCAUGAUGAGGUGGAUGUGUCCGACCGUGAACCAAGCAGUGGUGGCACGUCGGGCCGCAGCUCGCCUUCCCAAUCGGGAAAGCGGCGCCACGAACCGGACUCGGAGUCCAGCAAGGUCACCAUCAUGAGUGGACUGCAUGGCAUCAAGCAUUUCAUUCUCCGAACGAAGGACCUCAUCAAGCGCAGCAUUCUCCCUGAAACGGGUCGCCCUGCUGCGGAGCACACGCGUCUGCCGCCUCGCUAUGUGAUGAGCUACUUCCCUGUCGCCGCUGAGACGUUUCUGGCGUACAACCCCAAGACGAGCGCAAUGGCGGCUGCACAGCAGGAGCUGGAGGAGGAAGUGGUUCCACCCGGUCUCCCAGAGACCAAGCACACCCGUCACGUCAAGCAGGUGAAAGAGCGCAACCGCCUGCGCCUGACAUAUGCGCGGGAUUUGGAUCGGGUGCGCGGAACAUAUGAACGCGAUGUUCUUGCUGUCAUUCGCGCAAUCCACGAGUUUGAGGAGUAUGGCAAGAUGGACUGGAACAUGGUGCCGUCGUUCUGCUGGGAGAUCCGGGAGGAGGACCGCGUUAUUGACAUUCAAGCGACAAUCGCUGCCGUUACCCGCAAGCACCAAGAGCUGCUGGAUGCGACGUUUGGGCACAACCACGCACGUGCAGUCACGCUGUACGACUGCCAGUGCAUGGGCUGGCCAGCGGCGUUUGUGUCGUGCAUCUGUCAGGUCGACAUUCGGAGACACGUGCUCGCCAUGCCCUGACCUCGCGCCAUCCAUGCCUGGGACGGCUGACGACUGCUGACCUGACGUGAUGUGACGUGUUGUGGUGAUGUGAUUAUGCGACGUGAUUGUGCGAAAACUUGUGAGUGAUUGUUUGUCGAGUCGAGAUUCCCACGACCAGCAUCGUCAUUCCUGUCGUCACCUCUCACGUGCAUCGCACCUGUAGAGAUCAACAGGUUGUGUCGUUUGUUGGGCGCUCUGCAACCCCCCUCCCCUCUCUUGACCUUGUCUUCCCCUUCAUCCUCAACUCCACCACGAUUGAUUUGUUCAUGCCCACUACUGCUUGAUUGAACUGUUGCGUUUUAGUCGCCAUUACACCGAAAUACCAAGCGAAAAC